UUGCUCGUAUUUCGUCUGAACGGGUAAAAACAGUGGGCGUCACGCAACGAAAUCAGGACGCGCUCUGCCCCUGGCGCUUUGCAUUUUGCAAGAAGCGAAAAUGAAAGUAAAAGAAGAGUAAUUGUAUGCUCAUUAUCGGUGAGUCCCAUUCCUAGCCUGCCUCUGCACUUCUUGGAUGUGCCAGGAUCUAGUGACCCGACGUGAAGCCGGUGAGGGAAGACGACGCCCGAUGAGAUCAGCAGUUUAAAGUUUUGAAAGUUCAUACAUCGUGGUGCAUAACGGAUGUUCUGUUGAAUAUAUCCAGCUAACUUAUCUUGUUUGUGAAUGCCGGGGCCUGAUUUCCAUACUUCUUUGUGUCUCUUGUCAUCUAUACAUUGGUAUUAAAGAAGCAUUGGGGUGACCUGAUACUUCCGUGGUGAGCAAUUUCAGUCGAGGAAGUGAAAUGAGUUCUCAGAAGCCACUACUUUUGCCUUGGCUGAUAAAGCAGAUAGACAGUGGUCUGUACCCUGGGCUAGAGUGGACCAAUAAGGAUCACAGCGAGUUCCGAAUCCCAUGGAAGCAUGGCCUGCGGCAAGACCUGCUGCCAGACGACAGUUUAAUUUUUAAGGCAUGGGCAAUAGCAAGUGGUCGGUACAAGGAAAAAACCGACUCACCAGAUCCAACAGUUUGGAAACGAAACUUCCGCUGUGCUCUGAACAGGAAAACACACUUUAAAGUAGUGAAGGAUCUAAGCAAUGACUCUGUGGAUCCCCACAAGGUGUAUCACAUCUGUCAAAGUGAGGAGUCACGACAGAGUUCACAAGAGUCAUGCAAAGACGAAUUACAGGAAAGUCCCCAGGAUGACUUCCCUGGAGCAGGGGUUGCCUGCUUUCCUCCAGCAUCAGAAAAUCUGACUUUAGGACAUGAUUUCUUUUCCAAUGAUUUCAAGGGAUAUGAGGGUAUUCUGGAACAUAACUUGGAAGAAAUGUCCAUCUCUAACCAUAUGUUGUCUGAAACUGAGUCCCUCAUGUUGAAUAAUGAAAAGUACACAGGAACAUUUCAAUUUGGGAACAGUACCACGUUUUUGCCAUCGGAAUGUCAUGAAGCCUACAAUAUACCUGAAAGUGCAACUGAAGCUCCUGACCCAGGUCUCCAACAGACACAGGAAUUUAGACAGGAAGUUGACCGUACAUUCAUUAAUGAGCAAAUGGGAACAUUUCAAUUUGGGAACAGUACCACGUUUUUGCCAUCGGAAUGUCAUGAAGCCUACAAUAUACCUGAAAGUGCAACUGAAGCUCCUGACCCAGGUCUCCAACAGACACAGGAAUUUAGACAGGAAGUUGACCGUACAUUCAUUAAUGAGCAAAUGGUUACAGAUUUCCGUGUCUCCAUCUAUUUCCGAGGAGUGCUAGUAGCACAGUUCCCCACAGUGAGAGGGUUGGGAUUUCAAUUGUUAUUUGAUGAAAUGCCCAAUGCGCCAGGCACUGAAAACUUUAUCAGGUUACAGAUACCAGGAACUGAGAAUAUAUCAGAUACACAGCAAUCAAGAUACACAGAAAGGAUCCUUAGAAAACUGGGACAAGGUCUGGCUGUGAAAGUCCAAGACAAGUCUAUCCUGGCAAGCAGACUUGGGGACAGCCACAUUUUCUGGAGUCUCUCUAAGUUCGAUUCAUCCUGUCACCCACAAGAAGUUUCCAAACAUGAGUAUACAGAAGUCUACAAUUUCGGCAGGUUUGUCAGAGAGUUGCAUGAUUUCAUUGAAUCACGGGGUGGAUCACCACAAUACUCAUUGUGGUUCUGUCUGGGAGAAGUGUGGCCUGAUCCUAACAAACGACCAUGGGAGAAAAAGUUGAUCAUGAUAGAGGUCAUUCCAAUCUGUUUUGAGAUCCUCAAAAACAUUGCAGUAGCUGGUGGAGCCUCAUCUCUACAAGGAGAAAAUAUUGAACUUCAGCUCUCAGACAACCCUAGCUUGAGGUCUCUGUUGGAAAGUAUGGAAACAAAUUAGGGUUAAGCUAACAAGGAAAUGGACAUCACUUUUGGGUUAUAUUGCAAUCUACAAUUCAGUUUUCUUUGGAAUGUAUUUUCUUAAGUUACUGAAUAUUUUCAAAAUUUAGGCUGUAGAGUCUACUGAUUGCAACACUGCACUAGUAAUGACAAGGUUAUUACUUAAAUAUUUGCCAGUAACUCACUAUAUGAAUGGUUUAUCCUUGCAAAAUUACUAAAAAUUAGGAGUAGCGGGAAACGUAACAAGUGUCUUCUGUAGAUUAGGAAUGGGAUAAUUAAGAAAUGGCUAAAGAAAGUGCAACUCUGUAAUAAGUAUAACAUAAACAGCAUAUCACUAAACUCAGGGCUUUCAUGAACAUGACAGUUAAUUAUAAAUGUAAAAAACAAAGCUGGAGAAGAACAUUGCAACUAAUAAAAAUAAGAUUACCCUGAGAUUUGUCAGCAUUUCAGCAGUAGAGAAACUGUGAAGGAGGAAAUUAACUGUAUUACGAGAAGCAAGGGAAACACAUAGUAUUUUAAAAAGUCAAUGCAUGCUCUUAAUCCAUACUUCUCUGAAUUUUUCACCUGGGAAUAAUAUUAAAAAAUGCUAAACAAGUUGAAGGCUGCAGAGAAAGAAGUGCUAUAAGGAUUAAAAAGGAUGAAAGCACAUAAAAUGUCCCACGCCAUACAGCAUUUACCUAGAAAUCCGAAAACCAAUGGAUUAUAAACACAAAUCCUAAAUGUUUAUUUUGAAGAAAUCACUAUUGCUGACAAUUUAGAUUCAGGAUCAAUGUGCCUCAUUAUUAGUUUUAGUGCUAUUAGCUAUGAAAAGCUUACUGUAGAUCAGAGGUGACUUAAAAGGUCACCAUUUAUUUUAACAUAAGGGCUGCUGGCCUGCCCAUCUUUUUACUUGCUUUGUUUUGAAUUCCUGUGAGUCAAGGGUGUUGUGUUCUCUGAAGGAACUGAGCAAGCAAGCAAACACACUUUUGUUUUGGGAAUUACAGGUACUGAGGCUUCUAACUGAGAGAAAACUAAACAAGCUUCCACAAGCAUUCAAGGCCUUUAACCUUAAGAACACUGAGCAAGCUCUCACGCUAGUGCAUAACCAUAUAAACAUUUUAAAUUUAUUUAUUAAGGCUCAUCAAUACUUUAGGCGAUCCAGUUAAAGCAAAAUGCACUGUGUUAGCUAGUAUGAGCUGUAUGGAGUUUAAGAGUUGAUUACUGAAGGCUAGGGUUUUUUGUCUUUUAUGCAGACACUUGUGAGCUCUUUGGGGAGUUCGGGGGCUGCUUUUAUGCCUAGCAGCUCAGUUCCUGUGCUUGCAAGUCAGUAAGUGACUGCAUGCCACUGCCUAACAGCACAGCUUCUUGUGCUCACAGAUCUUCACAUUAGUAUGCAUACAUAUGUAUAUUUUAGAUAGCAUUUAAGUUUGUCAGUGCUUCUUUAUGAAUCAUAAUAAUCAAGUUACAGCAGAAUGUAUUAAACUAGUUAGCUUUAAGUUAAUUUAGAAUUAAUUGUUAAAGACCUGUAUUUUUCCUUUUAUCCAAGCAGUUAGGAAGCUCCAUGCUUGUCCACUCAAGACCGUCUGCAGCUUGGCCCUUAUUCAUGAACCUGCAUGAUAUCGCUUACUGGCACAGUUGCCUAUGAUUUUAGCCUUAAAGGACGCUAGUACAACAAGUAAUCAUUUAUUUAAUUUUUAAUUGAGUAGUCCAGUUUUACAUGUGGAUCUUCCUGAUUCCACCUGGAGUUGAUUAACCAAAAGGCCAUCAAUCUUUGACAGCCCAGGAUUAGGAACAUGAGAAUGCAGGGAGGGGUAAUGCUGACCUCUAGGUGGUAAAUACAUCCUUUGAGCCAAAAUGGUCAUUAUGAGAAUGUGUGGACUGGGAAGAAAAAUUGUUAUGUGAAGGUUUAAUGGGAAAGAGAUUGUUGUGAGAAAGUCCACAGGACCAGGUGAUUGUUCUAAGAAAAGAAAAUGAGCAAGGUCAUUAUCAUGAGAAACCCUGUAAAGCAGAUGAAGUGAAACAGUGUGACGUGGGGAUACUUUGAGACAAGAAUUGUAAUAAAUAUGAGGUUCUCCCAAAGCUAGACACUCACUUCAUUGAACUGAGACAGGUUUCAUGUGCUCUGCAAUGCUUUCCUGUGCUCUGCAAUAAAGUCUAUUCUGCCUA